AUGGCACCAGCAAUGACNCCCUUCCACCCCGCUUCCCUCGAAACAGCAAUAAAAUCUCUCCCCACGGGCAAAACCCGCAAACCCUCCAACCAGCAAAACUUGGAGCAGUGCAAGUUGAUGGAGAUUAUGCAAUUUGAUUGCAAUGUUGUGCAGCACAAGAAACACAAGAACGGGAUGGUGGUGUGUGAGCCUAUCCAGAGGGUGUUUAGAAGGUGUAAAGAUGGUCUUAUGGUUGAGACAACGGCUUGGGAGAUGGAUGUUUGA